UGUUUAAAUCUGCCGGUCUUGGUGCUAAUCUGUGCGCCGCAUCUCGUUCUUUCACCAGGAUUUCUCGGAACUGUUGCUCUCUGUUGUCUGGUGACUUUGUGAAUUGGGAUUGCUUUUGUACUUCGGGAUUUUCAGCUUAGAAUUGGAGUUGCAUCUUAGCUGGAAUGCAGUGAGUAGUUGGGAAUUCUCCAUGUGGGUUUGCCGUCGUUGAGUUUGUUGUUUCCGAGGAUGUGUUAAGAAUGGAUUCGUGUACAUUAGAUGCUGCUGGGUGUUCUCUCGUGCUCACUUAGAUGCUUCUGGGUUUAGAUUCUGCGAGGGUUUUUAAAGGAGCGCGACGCUUGCAUGAUCUGUUUGGUUUGUUUAGCUCGUUGUGCUGUGGCAUCACCUCAAUAUCUGUACAUUUUCUUGCCUUCUGUUUAUUGUACUAUGAAUGUAAAUCACUUGUCCUGGCAGGCUCUGAUCCAGCUGUUCAUUCACUCAUAUAAUCUUUCGUCUCGAGGUACGUAAUCCUAUGCAAUGGCUAGCCUUAGUAGCAAGUCCGCGCUGGUGUCCAGACUUCUGCAGGUCAAGAAGGAAAGCGGGAAAACGUACACCGAGAUCGCUAAAUUGACCGGGUUGACGAACGCCUACGUUGCUCAGCUCUUCCGGCGACAAGCCCACUUGAAGCCAGAAACUGCCUCUGCCUUGAAAGCAGCUGUUCCUGCACUUUCAGAUGACUUGCUCGCUGCGAUGCAAGAGAUCCCGAUGCGCUCAUUCGAUCCCACCGUUGUGCAAGACCCUACCAUCUACAGGCUGCACGAAGCGACUGUACAUUACGGCGAAAGCAUCAAGGAUAUCAUCAAUGAAGAGUUUGGUGACGGCAUUAUGUCUGCCAUUGGUUACUACUGCUCUGUAGAGAAGGUGAAAGGCAAAGAAGGCGAGGAUAGAGUUGUUAUCAUUAUGAACGGAAAGUUCUUGCCCCACGUUGAACAGAAAGCUGAGGGCAAUGUUGCCACGUUGGCUAUCUCUUCCUCAUGAGAGAUGUGCUCUUUUGUGUAUGUUAAUAGCUGUACACAUUUUCGGGAUUAGUAAACCAGGUGGUUAUGCUAGUGUUCCUGCAAUCAUCACAGGGAAGAAGAGACUGAGGGUUUCAGUUAUGCAGGGAUCUGCUCCUCAUCUUUGCACGUGAAUCUUAAUAAAAUCUGUGAAUAAAAGUAUGCUGGCACAAUGCGUUAGCUGGAAUA